AUGGCAAAUGAAUCACAUUUGUGUUUUAAGUGGUUGAAACAUGACAACUCCACGACAAUCGAGGACCUGAAUGAUCAGUUUACAUUGAGGCAUCUCGGAGGAAUCAUAUUUACUGCUGUUUUGAUGAUAUUUGGAUUUUUUGGUAACAUUAUGGUACUAUGGAUUUAUAUUCGCAGAUUUAAGCCAUCGACCUAUAGAAUCUAUACGGUAUGCUUAGCCCUUAUGGAUAUUGGGAAUUGUUGUACGGGAAUGCCUUUUUUGAUAUACUAUAUGAGUCAUUACUUGAUAUUCCCGUCAGCUGCGCUAUGCCAAUUCGGACGCUUCAUGAUCAUGUUUACGACUAAUUGUUCAGCUUACAUUUUAAUAGUCAUAGCUUUUGACCGUUUCAGAAAAGUGUGUCGACCGCUUAAGUGGCAGAUGUCGCAUAAACACGCAGCGCUGUGCUGUAUAAUUGCAGGUUGUACAAGUCUUAUCGUAUCGUGGCCAACGUUGGUAGUGUAUGGUAAUCACACCAUGGAAACUGUUGUGGAAAAUUUGCCUGGUUUGCGUUGCUGGACAAAAGAUCCUUUGGUAGAUACAUCAUACCCGAGUGCCUAUUUUAUAACGGUAUGUGUAAUGAUGGUAACAGUGAUGGUCGUUUUAUUUGUGGCGUAUAUAAACAUUUUGAGGUUUUUACACCGGCACAAGACAACUGGAAUCAACAUAAAAACAAAAAGCACCACCAUUACACUCCUGGCGGUAACAGCGGCGUUUCUACUUAGCGCCAUUCCCUAUUAUAGUAUGGUGAUUGCGCUACUUAUUCUUACAAGACUUAAUUGUGAUAUGACGUUUAGUGAAGGGUUUGCGUAUUACACCAUUGUGUUCUCUAUUCUUCUAAAUCACGCUGUCAAUCCAUUUAUUUAUGGGUUUUUAGAUAAGAAAUUUCGACGGGAAGUGUGGAGUAUGUUUAAGAAGGGAGACGGGAAAGAAGACAUGACCACAAGUGGUAGUAAAUUUGAUGGAUCUGUCAAUAAAAUAGACCAAUAA